AUGUCGGACCCAAGCCUUCAGCUGCCGCUGAUCGAGCCCAGCGUGCCCGCGGCCGCCUCCCGCGCAGCACCGCCGCUGCGGAAUCGGAUCGAUCCCAUGGAGGAGGAGGGCGCAGUGGCGACAUCGAAUCGCGGCCGACACACGUCACGGGAGGAAUGGGCGAUGAGCGGGAACGAUGCGCGCUACGACGCCGACUCCGCCGUGCUCGUGGCCAAGAUGCAAUGGCUCGCUUGCUUCGAUUCAGCUCUCUCGGCAGCAGAAGUGGGGCUGGAGCGGGUGGGGGUGGAUGCCGAUUGA